CCAAGACCCAAGUGUUGCCACAUCCAUGGUUGUGCAGGUCAAUAAACGCAGUGUGCUCCUCGUGCUGCUCGUCGUCUUGGUUUUGCUGCUCGUCUCGCGAAAUCUGCGGCAAGCCCAACAGCUGGCAGCUGCCCACGAGAGGCGGCAGAGCCAUAAAUCGCAGGCCGAGGCCGAGUCCCUCACGCUUCUGGACAUAACCGAAGCGGACGCGCCGCUUGAUCCGAGCACCGAGGAGCCCAGAUGGCUUUCGGCACGCACCCAAGAGCUUCAGGCUCUGCUCAAAUGUCGCAAUCGUCGUCUGAGACUGCAAAAGCUGCAGCACGGCAAUUAUUGGGUGAUCCAGAACCUGGUCAUGGGACGCGAGAGCCAACGCAUGGGCUGCGCCGAGUCCAUCACCUACACCACAAACGGCGACUACACCUUCUUUGACAAUCUCGAAACGGUCACCGAGCGCUGGCUGGGACCAAUCAGCUUUGCGAUACACACGCCCGGCUACGAUCUGAACGCCACGCUGGAUGCCAUACAGUAUGUGAGAAACUGUUUGCCGGGCAGCCAGCUGAUCAGCGACUUCGUCAGCUUCCACAUUUACUUCUCCAACGAGCAUAUGCCCGAGUAUGUGCCCCACGACGAGAACGAAGCCCUUAACUGGCCCUUUCGCUGCGUGGAUGAGGCUGGAGGCCCGUUGCCGCCGCCCUACGCCGCUGCGAACCGUACUGCCAUGUACAAGGUGCAGGCGAACCUGACCUAUCCGAUAAAUGUGGGCCGCAAUAUCGCCCGGGGGGCGGUCAAUACCCACUUCAUUUUCGCCUGCGACAUUGAGCUCUAUCCGAGCCUGGGCUUGGUGGAUCAGUUCCUGGACAUGGUGCAGCGCAACAAUAGUGUGCUGGCCCUGAGUCCAGGCCAGCAGCCGCGAGUCUAUCCUCUGCCCGUCUUUGAGAUAAAGGACGGGGAGCGUGUGCCCAAUGACAAGGCCGAGUUGCUGCCCCUCCUGGAGAAGGGUCGGGCGCAGCUCUUCCAUGCGAAGGUCUGCACCAGCUGCCACAAGGUGCCCGGCUACAAGGACUGGAUAGAUCGCACCGCCAGCGUCACGGACGAUCUGAAUCUGUUUAGCAUGACCGUGCGACAGGGCAACCACAAAUACUGGGAGCCCUUCUAUAUCAGCGACAAUACGGAGCCCAUUUUCGAUGAGCGCGUCACCUGGGAGGGACAGUCCAAUAAGCGCAUACAGGGCUAUGCUAUGUGCCUGCUGGGCUACGAGUACCAUGUCCUGCAUCCUGCCUUUCUGGUGCACAGUCCCGGCAUUAAGAAGCCGGCACGGAAUUCGAUGCGCGCCAAAUAUGCCAGGGAAAUGACCAAGUUUAUCAAGACCAAAAUUGAGCCCGAAUAUCGAGUACUCUACGGCAAGAACAAGAAUUGCGUGACGUGACAUGAGGAGACGAGACAGGCAAAGGCUCGCAUUCAAGUGAUAUAAACUUAGCUUUAGUUGUAAAUAUUUAAGAUAG